AAAAAUGCAAAAUUAGCCGAACAACCUAAAUGACUAAAAUCCCAAAGUGUAAGUAAUUUUCCCCGGGGAAACUUCCCUCUCGCAAUUGCUUCUUGCGAUGGAGUGAUCGACAGAGCCGGUUUCGUCGGUCCAAAUGGACGCGAUUCUAAUGCGCUGCGAGGAUUGAAUUUGUCCAGCGAAUCGUUACCCGUUCUCCGGCGUGAUGGUUUCCGAUCACCAUAGCGGAGGAAACUCUUUGGAGUCGGCGGGAGUUCCGGAAACCAGCAUUUGGAGGCGAGUUGCUGUUCGCUGGCUGCGUCCAUAUUCUGCAAAUCAGAAUGGCCAAUGGCGGUUUCAGAAGUCCUUGUGGUAUGGAUGAUAUCCGUAUAAAUUAUUGCAGCUUCCGGAUACCUUCAGUGAUCGAAAACAUUCUCAAUCGGAGAAAAAUGGUGCAUGCCAAGUGUUUGAAUGAGUUCUAUCCGCAAAGAAAGCGCAACGCCAUAAGGAGAAGGAAGCUGGAACAGCAUAGAGUUGAAAGAAACAGCAAUGCAGGGUCACAGCCAUCAAAUCCCAGAUCAAAUUUGAGAAAACAAGCUGCUCUCGCUGAGUUGGUCCUCCAUAAGCUGAGUUCCCUUGCUGCUGAUCAGGCAAGCCUCCUUUGGGGUCUCAGAAGCGAGAUUCCAAAACUUGCAAGCACGGUUUCCAGCAUCCAAGCUGUGUUGCUAGAUGCAGAUAAUCAGGCUGGUAAGAGUCAUCAGGUUCAGCUAUGGCUGCAAGGACUGGAAGAAGUCCUUUAUGAUGCUGAAGACCUGCUGGACGAUUUCUCUACAGAGGUUCUCCGGAGGAAACAACAAAUGGAUAUCAAUGGCGUGGUGAAUGAGGCACGUCCUGUGGAUCCAGUUGCUGCUAACAAGGAUUGGAGGCAAACUCACUCUUCUGUCCCUGAUGUGGUUAUUGGGAGAGAAGGAGAUAAGCAGAUGAUAAUAGACAUGUUACUAUUGUCUGGUAAUAAGGAGAAAGUUGUAGUCGUCCCCAUUGUUGGAAUCGGGGGAUUGGGGAAGACAACAGUGGCGCAAUUGAUUUACAAUGACAACAAAAUCCAGUCUCAUUUUGAUUGCACACAUUGGGUAUGCGUCUCUGAAACUUUUGACCCAAAAGUCAUGGUUAAAAAUGUUUUGGAGUCCAUUACCCAACAAAAGGUGGAAGACCUUGCCUUGAACACGCUCAAGGAUCUUCUGCACAAGCACAUCAAGAAUAAAAGGUUGUUGUUAGUUUUGGAUGAUGUCUGGAAUGAGGAUACAGAAAAGUGGGUUCGCUUUAUAAAUAUAUUCUCAAGUGGUGCAGCGGAAGGUAGCAGAAUUGUAGUGACCACUCGUCUUCGAAUUGUUGCAAAGAUGACAGCAACUGAGAUGAUUGUGCCACAUGAGUUGCAAGGUCUGUCUGAGCUUGAGUCUUGGUCUUUGUUCGAGAAGAUGGCUUUCAAGGGAGGAGUUGCGCCGGGUCCAAGAUAUAUUGAGAUAGGGAAAGAGGUCACGAGGAAAUGUUGUGGAGUGCCAUUAGCUAUAAGAACAAUGGGGGGUCUUCUAUCCUUCAAAGAUACCGAGUCUGAGUGGGAGGCAAUAAGAGAAAAGCAGUUGUUGAGCCUAUAUUUCAGUGGACAAGAUAGUGAAAUUUUGGCUGCUACUCUUAGGUUGAGUUAUGAUAAUUUGCCAUCUCAAUUAAAGCGUUGUUUUGCCUACUGUAGCUUGUUCCCAAAAGAUCAUAGGAUCGAUGUGAAGAUGUUGGUACAGGUUUGGAUGGCACAAGGGUAUAUCAUCAAGUCCGGUCAAUUUUUACUACUUGAAGAUGUUGGAGUUGAACAUUUUAAGAAUCUGUUGUGGAGGUCCUUCUUUCAAGAGGUGACAAAGGACCGAUACGGGAAUAUGAAAUAUUGUAAGAUGCAUGAUUUAAUGCAUGACCUUGCUGUCACAGUUGCAGGGAUGGAUACCAUCUGUUUGAAUGCUAUAAAUCUCACGGAUAGCCUUCUCAGCAGUGGGGUUGUCAACCUUGAAAGAAUUCGGCACCUGUCAAUUGAUUUUGAGAACAAAUGGGAGACUAGAGUAUGGAAAAUUCCAACUCUCUUGGCGAAAGCAACAAGGCUUCGAACAUUUAUGAUCAUAAAUGUGGCUGUGGGGGGUGUCAAGUUGGAAGGAAGAUGUGAGAUCUUCCUGAAUAUGACUAGGCUGAGAGUGUUUGGUCUUGGAGAUGCUAAAAUGGAGGUUUUCUCUAUUACCUUCAAUAAAUUGAAACAUCUUAGGUACCUUGAUCUUUCUAAGAACGGGGUGGAGAUACUUCCAAAUGAAAUUACAAGAAUGGUAAACUUGCAAACGCUCAAUCUGUGUUUAUGUGAACAUCUUCGACUAUUGCCGGCAGACUUGGGGAAGCUAUACAAUCUGGUCUUUUUUUACCUAGAUGAUUGUUCGAGUUUGACUUACUUACCAGCCGGGAUCUGCAAUCUUUCCUUCCUCAGAGAAUUGUCUUUAUUCAUUCUAACAGAAGCAGCUGCAAAAAACUCCAGAUUAGCUGGUCUCGGUGAAUUGAAGAGUCUGAACAACCUAAGUGGGAAGUUGACUAUUAAAGGCCUAGAAUUGGUGAAGGAUAAAUCCGAAGCAGCUGCAGCUAAUUUAAAGGAGAAAUCGCAACUUCAACACUUGGAACUAUGGUGGAGUGAUGACAGUAAUAAUAUGGUGGCUCGAAGAUGUGAUCACGAGAGGUCAGUAUUAGAGGCAUUACAACCACAUCCAAAUUUAAAGGAGUUACAGUUGUGUUAUUACGGCGGGACGAGUGUUCCAACAGCAAGCUGCUGGUUCUCUUCUCUCAUGAAUCUGGUUCGCAUCGAGCUAUAUUGUUGUGGGAAACUGCAAAGUCUGCCAUCGCUGGAUCCUUUUGUUUCUCUUGAAGAAUUGGUGUUGUAUAACUUAGAGAGCCUAGCAUACGUACAGGGAGAGACAGUAUCAUCAUUACCUUUUUCUUCUCUAUCUUCUUCAAACAAGGAUUUGCAGUUUCUGCCCUCCCUCAAGUCUCUCAAGAUCACGGACUGCCCAAAUUUAAUCGGCUGGUCUCUUGCAAAUAUGGAAGAGUCACCUCUGUUACCUUGGGUUUCCACCCUGGAGAUCGAAAGCUGCCCGAAAAUGGUUACCAUCCCACAUUUUCUUAUCAACUUUAAGAAGGUUGAGUUGAUGGAUGUGAGCAGUGAGUUGUUGAGUGUGUUUGGUGCCUCUCUGAUUUCUCCAUCCCUUCCCCCAGCACACCCUCGAUUUCAUGAGUUGUGUCUCCAAUACGUGAAUGAUCUGCCGCAAGGGUUGAUGCCACAACUCACUUCCCUUGAGAGACUAAACAUAUGGUUUUGUAGCAAUUUGACUACUUUGUCUCCAUCUAUUCUUCGACAUCUCCCUUCGCUCAAGGAGCUUCAUAUUCUAUCUUGUGAAGUUUUGGAACUGGAGGACUACGAUUAUGGUGAUGGUAAUAAAGGAAAUGAUGAGAAUGACAGCGUGCCACCGCGUUUUCUUCCCAGCCUCCGAUGCUUGGUUGUCCAAAGUGUUCCUAAGUUGGUGACUCUACCUAAUUGGCUUCAGUUUUCCUCCAAUUUGCAGCAGCUGGACAUAGACUGGUGUGACAACCUUAAGUGCUUACCAAGUUGGCUUAAAAAGCUCACUGCAUUGGAGUCUUUGGGCGUAUUUAGAUGUGAUAUUCUAUCUAGGAGAUGUACAAGCAACACGGCUGAGGACUGGCCCAUCAUUUCUCACAUCCCAAAUAUCCAAGUUGAUUCUAGACAUGUUCAAAAGGAAGGCUGCUAUUUGGAAAUGGAGGAAGAAGAAGAAGAAGCAGAACAAGAACAAGAACAUGAAGAAGAAGCAUCAUCACACACCCAUAUCUCAAGCCUGAACCUGCAGGCUAUUUGAAAAUUGCUUUGCAAGGAUGACUUGCAUCCUAUUCCAGAGAUGUUUUCUCCCUUAGCUACCACACCCUGUAAACCCCUUUACAUUGUCACUCCCAUCAUUUACGUUUCCUCGAACCGAUUGAUUGAAGAGAGAUGCUCAUUUAUCCAUUAUCAACAGCUUUGUCCAGUUUUCAAGUUCAAAUGGCAUUCUUAGCUUAUGGUGGUUCUAUGAUGGGUAAACAGCAACGCCUUUGUCCUUCCUAAGUUUGAAGAAGAUCUUGCGCCAGCCAUUCGAAUUCACUACAUGUCUCAGCUCCAAGUCUUGACUAAAUUUAGAGAUUGAAUACUCAGUUGUUCUGUAAUGCGAUCGAUCAUAUCGCAACCCCUCUAAAUUUUGAAGUUCUUGCAACUGUGAGAGACAGAGGUCGAAAGCAGUUGGGGUGCUGUAAUUCACUGGUGGAGGGAACAUAAACAGGGAAAAGAGUAAGGAAAAUGCCAGUUGUUUGGGGAACUGGAAGAUGGAUUUAUUGGGACCAAAGCCUCC